UUAUAAUUCAAGUUAAAGAUAUCUUUAAUUAUCCUCAACUGAAGAUUUCUAAAGAUACAGAUGGUGAGAGGUAGAAUUCAAGGAAGACUUUUAGAUUGGGUUUCUGGUGCAUAUAUUUGCUAGCAUAUGUAUGAAACGUUGCGAGUCUACAUAUUAAAUUAAGACCAUAUAGUUUUUUUUGUUUGUUUGUUUUUACCAGGGAGUUCCUUAAUUAUAAACUCUAUUCUGAACUUAAGUUGGAUGUCUAGCUUUCAGUUAAAAAGAAAAGAUUUUGAAUUAUCGAUUCAUGUUAGACUGUGACAGAAGAAACAACUGAAUUGCGGAUGUCUGUGACGUCAUUCUGACCAUGAAAAACUGGAUUGCACGAUAUCUGAAACUGUAGUUUUGACGAGUAAGAAUGACGUCAAUUCAUACUAGCCACAAUGAAUCUAGUCAUAAUGACGUCACAUAUAUCUGCGAUUGUAAUUCCAGUGACUCAAACUUGACGAUUUAAAAUAGUUUAAAAUGGCAGCCCAUAAUGCACGGACCUGGCAACCCUGUUAACCGCAGCUGCGCAGGUCCUCCUAGUAGUUUAUUUGUGGUUGCCAGGGAAACGUAUGAGCGAGUCAAGCGCGUGUCAAUUAUCAGUGUAAUUCAGCAAGUUUGAGUUGAUUAUAAGCAACAAACUUUAGCUAACUAGUUAGCUGGAUGUUGUCAGAAGUGAGUGGGAGCUAACAUGACGUCACUGCAGUGUGUUUGUAUUGGGAAACACAGUUAGCAGGUGCUGCUAGUUUGGAUGCUAACGCAGUUGGUGUUUGUUUGUUAAGGCUGGAAACUGAUAAUUAUCGCCAUGACGAGUAACACGAGCCUCCCACCGGUGAGCCAUUUACCGCGCUGGACCCGCGUGGCGCGUUUCAAGAAACCUCUGUCUCCACCGCGACAUUUACCGGCGAAGCAGCCGCAGCUGCAGCCGUUGCCUGCGGUGCUGUCAGCGGACAGAGGAGAGGACAGAGCCGCGGAGGUGCACCGUCACCGCAGCAGCGACACCGAGCCCCGCAUCGCCUCACUGCAGAGGAACAUCCACUUUCUGCAGCAGCAACACAAGGACACUCUGGAGAGGCUGCAUGCGGAGAUAGAGUACCUGAGACGGGAGAAUAAAGAAUUGCACUACAAAUCGAUAAUGGAGCCUCCAAAGUCGAGUAGGAAAGGACCAAUACACAGUCGACGAGGCGUUAGACCACCCACUCACGGAAGGGAAACUCACACAGGACUUUACCUAGAGGAGCCACUGCAGGACAUGACACCCUCACAGGACCAGCCCCUCAGGCAGGACCACGGUCCAGAGGAAACGGGCAGCCUCAUCACGUCACUGAAGCCUCUGCGGAUUCACCGCGACCUCUCCCAUCCACCGCGCGCUCCCACACUGCAGGAGUGCGAGGUCAUCAUCCGGCAGCUCUACAACGCAAACAGUUUUCAGUCUCAGGAACUUAUACGUGUGAAGUCACUGCUGCGAGAUAUUGUUCUGAGCAAGAAGAUCAGCCCGGAAAACUACAGUCUGACCAACACCUACCUUGUUAAUGGUAGCAGCAAAUCUUCUGAAGAGAAGAAAUUUCCAAAACUUGGUCUUCAAACAUACCCGGAAAAAAGGUCUGGGCCGUCUCAGUCUGGCGUUGUCCUCCCCGUGCUGAAGCAGAGCCUCAGUCCAACCAUCGCAGAAAGACAGAGGAGGACUCGUGCCGUGCAGAGAGACCGUUUAAAAAGGACUGUGCACUGACGAGGUCAAAACCUCAAAAUCUCUUCCUAAAAAAAAAAAAAAGAA